AUGUCCAUCCCACUCAGCACAAUAACCUCCCUCCGCACAACCUUCAAUCCCUUUGCAGCUGCCUCCCGACCUUGCCGUCUUUUUGUCUCUCGGCUGCGCACGCCCAACACAACCGCCGGCAGCCCAUCACACAUCGACAUCAAGAUCACGCGGUUGCCACGGACCUCGACCGAGCCACCGGUGAUGACGGUGGGGUUUAAAGGCGGAAAGGAACUGACCCUGGAGGUGGGCAAGCGCGGACUCAAAAUUGGGGAUGUGAUCGAAGAGGUGGCGCGUAUUGGGAGGGCUUUGGAACGGGAGGCUAGUUUGAAAGCAUAA